ACCGGCUCAGUGAAGCUCGGUCAUUCCGUGACGUGCAGCUACCAUCUGAGCUCUUGGUGUUUAUUCCAGUUAUAUCCUGAAUCUGAUCAGCUAUAGCAUCAUGAAUCUGUGGCUCAGCAGUCAUUUCCUGGUAGCGGGGCUGUUUCUGAGCAGCUCGGCUCUGACACCUGAAGAAUGCCAGCCCUUGGUCACGCCUUUGUCUCUGGCUGACCCCUCCAUGAUGUACGGCAGGAUGAACUUCAUCGCGGGUUACACUGAUAAUGAAGUAUAUAACGCCAUGGGGAAGUUAACCCAGAGCUACUGGAUGAAUAUCACCGCAUCACCAUCCAGCCCAAAUGAAGCUAUUUCGACUCAGCAGAACAAGAUGAAUGGAACCUGCUUAGCCUCAACUAUGACCGUAACUAUUGACGGCAACACUGCAACAUUCUCAAUCGGCAACAUGACCUCUGUGUUCCACCUGCUGCCGAGUUGUGAUGGCUGUCUGCUGAUGAGCGUAAACAACACCGCCAGAAACAUUGACAAGAUGUUACAAAUGAUGAAAUUCAACGUCAAUGUUACAGGGGAGGAAAUCCACGCUCGUGGUGUUUAUCUGAUGGCCAGAGAGUCGACCCUGAAGGACUCGGACAUGGAACAUUUCAAGAAGCAGGCGAGCUGCCUCGGCUUCUCCAGAGAACCAGACUUCCUCUACGACCCCAAGAACGUUUUCUGUGCUGAAGGCGAGGGCAUUAAGAUGCCGUUCUGAAGUGAAGAACAACUUUCAGAAAUAUUUCAAACAGAAAUUGAGAAAUUAAAGAGACAAAAAGUGACUCAAAACAUCAAA